AUGUAUCGACACAACUCGAGCACGCUGCUUUCUUCCUUCAAUCAAAACUACAGUAAGGUAACAGUCUCUGGUGGCAGUUGCAUUCAUCAGAGUGGUUAUUUUUUAUGUCAUUAUCAACAUUCAGCUCCAUUAACGGCCUUUUCCUCUCGAGAGGAUGAUGGUAUUAUUCCAAAUGAAAAUCAUUCUGAUCACACAUCGACUUCAUCAACUGCUUCUUCUUCUGUUGGUGGAGAACGGAAGAAAAAGUCAAUGCCAGAUGCCAUCUCUCAAUCACAAAAAUCGAGCAAAUUAUUUUAUCAAGUGUGGACACCCUAUGAUUUAUCGAGAGUGGUAGGAGUGGUGUUGCUUGUCCAUGGAUUGAAUGAACAUUCUGGCAGAUACAAACAAUUGGUCGAUCAACUGGUUUCUCAUCGAUAUGCCGUUUUUGCUCUCGAUCUCGAAGGUCACGGUCGUUCCGAUGGUAAACGUGCCUUCAUUGAUAAUUUUCAAAUGUACAUUCAUAAUGGACUUCAAUUUCUCGACUUCAUCACUUCUGGAACUCUUCAUUUACACACUUGUGACGAGGAAGGACAUUUGUAUAUCAUGCCACAAUCUCUCUCGACCUCAACAUUUAUUGGUUCAGAGGAAAAUGGUCGGUUAAGUGUGGCUUCUAAUUCUUCCUCCUAUUCUUCAUCGAAUGCCAGUCCAACCAAAUUUAGAAAAAGUCGUAAUUUGGGAUCUGCCAAGAAAUUAGUAGGUCUUCAUUCUUCGAAUGUCUCAUUGGUUGAGGAGGAUAUUCUCGAGGAAAAUAAGAAACAUUAUUCUCCAAAAAUUAUGAAGAGUAUCAUGGACAUGAUUUUAGGAGUUUACGAUCGAGAAUGGAAACAACACGACGAUGAGGAGGACAUGGAAGAAAAAUUGAAUGAUUCGUUUACAUCUUCGAGCUCUUCCACAACAACGACACCCUUUGGAAAUUAUGAAAUUGGAAAUAUUAUUAGUCAACAUUAUGAAGGAGCAUGGUUCGAAAAGAAUAGCCAGCUCAUUCAAAGACCUUCGGAAGCCCUGUUGACAGUCAAUCAGUGCAAGAAACCCAUCUUUUUAUUUGGACAGGGAAUUGGAGGAUUGGUUUCUCUUUUCAUGUCCAUGGAGAGAGAAAAGACGUUUGCAGGAAUGGUGUUAAGUGCUCCGAUGGUGACGGUGCCUUCCGAGUUGCAUUCAUUUCUUCAAAAAAUUGCAAAGGGCAUUGCUGCAUGUGUUCCUAACAUGCCCAUCAUGGAAAUGGAUUUAAAAAAAAGAACUCACUCACAGGAAGAAAUUGAAAACUUUAAGAAAGACCCUUACACUUGUAAAGAUAAAUUGAAAGCCAAGUUGUGUUUUCAAAUUUUAGAUACUACCAAGUUCUUUAAGGAAGAAUGUGUUCACAAAUUAGAGACGCCCUUCAUUGUCUUUCAGGGAACUUGUGAUGAGUACUGUUCACCAGAAGGAGCACAAUUUUUGAUGGAAAAGUCCACACGUGUGAAGGAUAAAGAACUUGUGACACUUGCAGGGCUCUAUCACGAUUUAUUGUUUGAAGUGUGUGCAGAGAAUACAUUAUUGAAAAUUAUGGAAUGGGUAAAUAAGAGAAAUCCUCUGGCACGAAGUAAUUCUUGGAGGUGA